CGGCCAAUGAAAACCUUCAACAGAUAGAGCGCUAACCAAAGAUCUACAAUGCUGCUGCACACUGCUGUGGAUAUUUUCCAAACAUUAUUCCACUCGAGGUUUUCUAAUCAAAGGAAGAGUAGCGGUUAAUUUAUUGUCAAAAGUUCCACUGAAACCCACUAAAGAAAUUGGAAAAAUGGCUUACUGUGCUGAUCACAAUAGAGUCAUUAACUUUGCUGCUGGUCCGGCAAAAUUACCUGAAGAGGUUUUGUUGACAGCUCAGCGAGAUAUGUUGAACUACUCUGGCCUUGGAGUCAGCGUUAUGGAACUCAGUCAUCGUUCAGCAGAGUUCGGUAAAAUUAUGAACAAAGUUGAGCAAGAUUUCAGAGACCUACUUGACAUACCUGACAACUACAAGGUGUUGUUUUUACCUGGAGGUGGUACCGGACAAUUCAGUGCAGUCCCAAUGAACCUUUUGAAUGGGGGUACGGCAGAUUAUGUUGUGACUGGUAGCUGGUCAGCAAAAGCUCUCAAAGAAGGACAGAAAUAUGGCAAAGUAACAGAAGUAUACAAAAAACCAGCAUCAUACACAGGUAUCCCAACACAUGACACAUGGAAUUUGAAUCCAGAGGCAAAGUAUCUGUAUUAUUGUAAUAAUGAAACUGUGCAUGGUGUGGAAUUCCAGCAGACUCCUUAUACAUUACCUAAUGUUCCAUUAGUGUGCGACAGUUCUUCUAAUAUGUUGUCAAGACCUAUCGAUGUAGCAAAGCAUGGUCUGAUAUAUGCUGGAGCUCAAAAGAACAUGGGAUGUGCUGGUGUGACUGCAGUCAUCGUUAGAGAAGAUCUAGUUGGUACAUCAAUCCCAGAAUGCCCCAUUAUCUUGGAUUAUAAGACACAAGUUGGAAUGAAUUCUUUGUACAACACCCCACCUGUUUACAGUAUCUAUAUAAUGGGUUUAGUGUUUGAGUGGGUAAAGAAACAAGGUGGGGUUCAAGUUAUGGAAGAAAGAAGCAUUAAAAAAUCUGGUCUUCUGUAUGACAUCAUUGACAACUCUGAUAACUUUUACUGCUGUCCAGUGGAUGCGAGCACUCGUAGCAGGAUGAAUGUAACCUAUAGGAUAGGUGGACCAAAUGGUAAUGAGGAGCUUGAGAAGAAGUUUGUAGAUGAAGCCAAGAAGCAGGGCAUGAUCUCACUCAAGGGUCACAGAUCUGUUGGUGGAAUCCGUGCAUCCCUGUACAAUGCUACAACGAUUGAGGAGACAAUGAAACUUGCAGAAUUUAUGACCGAAUUCAAAGAAAAAUAUUUCUCAUUAAUGUAAAUUGAUGCAUAAUUAAUGAUGCAUAAUCAUUUACAAUUUGGACUCCUUAUAAAUAUGUACACGAUACUGGUUGCCGAUAUAUUCCCAGUUGAUGCAUUACCAAACGACUAAACUAUUUUAUUUGUCCAAAAUAAAAUUUACUUGUUGUUUUAAUA